AUGAAAUCUCUUUACUUAGUUUUUCUGACUCAAGUCAACAAUUAGAAAUAGGUCUUACUGUUUCAAAACACCCCUUAACAUCCCUUCUCUCUUCCUAAGACCGAAAUUACAAAAGAGGAUUUCCUAAGUGCCUCAAUAGCUGGACCCAAAAUAAUCUUGGAUUCAUUGAAAAACAUUGAACUAUAGAAAUUUUCAUUCUGUACGAAAGAGUAUAUAGAUAUGGUCGAUUUUGAUAAUUACAAUUACAAAGAAAAAUAGUUAUGGAGUCAAAGUUCUUAAUAGGAGAAAGAAUUACUUAGACACAAAAGAAAUGUUUAGGCCCCACUUUGGACUUAAUUUUUCAAUAGUUGCCCAUUGUGGAAUGAUGACAAAGAAGAAAACUUUUAUUACAUCAUAGUUUUACAAUAAUAAAAUGACAUUGAUUACAUCACUUCACAUUAGGGUCUAACAAUUAAAUAAGUCAAUGUACAAGAACUAGAGUAAAACUUGCAAUUCGAAGAAGGAAAAGAAAAGUAUACAGAUUUACAAAAAGCUUUACUAAAUAAUGAAUACUUAAGAGUGGAUGGUAGAAUUGUUCUUCAUUUUAAUUUCAAAACCAAACAAUCUAAGUUUUAUGAUGCAUCAGGCUUUGUCUUAGAUACAGUCUCUAUUUAUAAUGGGAUAUUUCGUAGACGAUAUGAUAAUUGGAAUCAAUAUAACGUAGCCUAAGGACAUUAUCCUAGUGAUGAUAUAAUUAAAAGGGCUGAUGCUAUUAUUAUGCCUGGUAAUAGAAUAUCUGUCUAUGAUCAUUAUCAAUGGAUAGAAGAUGUUAAACUGAUAUUAAAAAAAGCUUAUGAAACCAAUCCAAAAGUUAAGAUACUUGGAAUUUGCUUUGGCUUUUAGAUACUUACUGUGGCAUUAGGAGGGAUUGUGGAAGGGAUGAAAAAUAUUUUUGUCUUCGGAAACUCUCCCUUAGACCAUAAGAUCAAUGUGAUGAAAUAAUUCAAAUUAUUCUAAGGAAUGCAAUUGAAGGAGAGAACAAUAAUAAAUUAAGCUCAUGGUGAUGAGAUUACAAAGCAUCCAGAUUUUUUAGUAUUAGUUUCUUCUAGCGAUUCUUGCAAAAAUGAAGUCAUGAUUUCUAAGGAUGAAAGGAUUUUGGCAUUUCAAGGUCACCCUGAAUAUUCUAGUGCAGGAUUGAGUAUGCUAUCUCUUACAUCAAGACUACCAUCAGAUCAAUAUCCUUUAGAUUAAGUUUUAAAGGAAGUUAAAAGAUAGUAUCCUUAAGAGUAGGAUAGUUUCCAUUUAGAUUUAUGUUUAAAGUUUCUUAAAGACGAGAAAUGA